UAUCAGGCUGGACCGAAGUGUCAGUGUCAUCGAAGGAGCUACACAUAGGCCAAUUCGAUAUCUUAAUUGCCACAGUAUUACUUUGUGCAUUCAAUCACGAAUUUGCAAUCCAAUGCUCUAUUGUUGAAUUCCUGACCUAUAGCAGCAUCAACAACCAGAGCGCAAUGGCCAACCUCGCGGCCCGGUUAGCCGGGCGGAGCUCUAGGUGCUUGUGUGCCCGUCCAAGCAUUUCUCUUUCACGAUCGAAACGCGCACCACAAUUUUCAUGCCCGACGAUACGCAGCAUUUCUACUACCGCACUUCGUCAUGCGGAGGCUUUCUACGAAGGAACCAAACUUAUCCCUGUAGACUCAGAUUUUCGGCACCCCACUGAUCCCGAUGAUCCUCAAUAUCUCAACGUCGCUCCUGACGAUGGCUCAAACCCUGAGAACCGCAAGAUCAGACACUACACGGUUAAUUUUGGCCCACAACAUCCAGCUGCGCACGGUGUACUGCGUUUGAUUCUCGAACUCAAUGGCGAGGAAAUUGUCCGAGCCGACCCGCAUGUGGGAUUGCUGCACCGUGGCACCGAGAAGCUCAUUGAAUACAAAACAUACAUGCAGGCAUUGCCGUACUUUGACCGAUUGGAUUAUGUCUCGAUGAUGACAAACGAGCAAUGCUUCUCUCUGGCCGUGGAGAAACUGCUGAAUAUUGAAAUUCCCGAGCGAGCGAAAUGGAUUCGAACGCUGUUUGGCGAGAUCACCCGCGUCCUCAAUCACCUCAUGUCUGUCCUCUCGCAUGCUAUGGACGUUGGUGCAUUGACUCCUUUUCUGUGGGGUUUCGAAGAACGAGAAAAGCUUAUGGAAUUUUACGAACGAGUGUCUGGUGCUCGUCUGCACGCCGCAUACGUCCGUCCUGGCGGCGUAUUCAAAGAUCUCCCUGUCGGACUGCUAGACGACAUAUACCAAUGGGCAACACAGUUUGGUGACCGCAUUGACGAAACCGAGGAACUUCUGACCGACAAUCGUAUUUGGAAAGGUCGUACGCAGGGGAUAGGCGUUGUCUCUGCUGCUGACGCGCUCAACUACUCCUUCACUGGUGUGAUGCUCCGCGGCUCUGGAGUGCCUUGGGACAUUCGGAAGUCCUCACCCUAUGAUGCGUACGACCAAGUAGAAUUUGACGUUCCCGUGGGCGUCAAUGGCGAUUGCUACGACCGGUACUUGUGCCGGAUGGAGGAGUUUCGACAAUCCCUACGCAUUAUCCACCAGUGUCUGAACAAAAUGCCUCCCGGACCGGUCAAAUAUGAAGAUUACAAAAUUUCUCCGCCCCCUCGCGCGGCAAUGAAGGAAAAUAUGGAGGCUCUUAUUCAUCAUUUCUUGCUUUUUACAAAGGGCUAUGCUGUUCCUCCUGGAGAAACCUAUUCUGCCAUUGAGGCGCCAAAGGGCGAGAUGGGCGUAUUUCUCGUUAGCGAUGGCUCAGAGAGACCAUACAGGUGCAAGAUUCGUGCACCGGGCUUUGCACACCUGGGAUGCUUUGACCAAGUUUCGCGAGGUCAUUUGCUUGCUGAUGCCGUGGCGAUCAUUGGCACAAUGGACUUGGUUUUCGGCGAGGUGGAUCGUUGAUAAGAUCAAUGAAUGUUUGGCUCCCCUUUUUACUCCUGCACACAUAAUGGAAAGCUGAGCUUCAUAACGGUAGAUAUUUGUGCUGGAGAAGUGAGAUUUCUUUUGAGUUUCAGUUUGUUAGUUCAGCCAGUCAUGUUGCGCACGACUUAGACAUGUACCUCAAUUUUUAUCUAUGUAGCUAGCAUGGCAUGAUUUCUUUAUUCAGGACCACUCUAACGAUAAGAUUAUUCGUCACUGCAUCUCUUUUCUUCAGUAUGUCGUGCUCUAUGUUUAUAAAAUAUGUAGGUUUUGGUGCUG